UUUUUUUCAAGUUUUGACAAUUAUUUUAUUUUAAUUCCACAAUUAAUUCCUGUUGAUUUUUUACCCGUGAAAGAUCAAAUUUUUAAAUUUGGAAAAUAUUUGUAUACAAUGAGGCAGCAAAAUGCUGGUUUUCUUUUUUUUUAUUUUUUUCAAUUUUUUAAAAGGUUUAACUCUUCUUUCAUUUCAUUAUUCAUUGGAAGCUUCAGUUUUUAAAAAUCUUUCACUUGGCAAAUUUUGUGAUAAAAUUAAUGAAUUAUUUGAGAAAUGCUCUACAAAUACUCUUGAACAUUUUAAACAAAAAUAUGAUAUUAUUAAUUUUGCAAAAAAACUUCCCAGCUUCUUUCUUGGAUUAAAUACAAAUUGGAUAUACGAAUUGGCAGAAUUAUUCGAAAAAAAUAAUUUUACAAAUAUUGAUCUUGAAAAAUUGACAUCAAAUAAAUUAAAUGGGCUUCUUACACAAGCAUUUCGAUAUGCCCAACUUGAUACGACUAUGCAUUAUAAAUAUUUUGAACUCAAUAUCUCUCCAUUUACCAAAAUCAAAAGUGAAGGAAUUACACCCAAAAAAGGCACAUUCCCAGCUUUGGAAUUAAAUAUUGCCCAGAACAAUCAUGUACUUAAAUUGGCUUUUCCUGCAAAAAUAUUGGAGCCGUAUAGAAGAGUUUUCUUUCUUUUGUUUGUUAUUAAUCGAGCUAGAUAUUUGGUUCAUAUGAAAUUUUUUGGAAAUUUUAGGAAAUUCUAUUUGCGUGAAAACUUCAACAAUCCUUGGGCAGUACAAGAAUGUGCCACAAUUUACUUGUUUAAUAGACUUAUAAAUGUUUAUCAAGAAUAUAUUUGUGGUAUUGCUGCUAAAGAAUACAACAAUUUUGUUAAAAAAUUAGAAAAGGUCAAAAAUUUGGACGAAUUGGUACAAGUUCAAUUAGAAUAUAUUCAUAUAUUUAUGGAAAAUGCCAAAUUAGACCAAGAAUAUUUACCAAUUAGACAAUUAAUUGAAGGGAUUGCUAAUCAAUUUUGUUUGUAUGCUUGUAAUGAAUUGACCUUCUUUGAAUUAAAUAAAUCUGUUAGUCCUUUUGUUGGAAAACUAAAACAUUUUCUUUUAACAAAUCGAAAAGUGGGGGAAUUAAAAAAUCUGUGA